AUGCCAUCUCCUCUCGUUGCGCACGCAAUCCACGAGAUCCUUACUACCGUGGAGAGUUCGUUCAAUACUGCGUCCGUUUUCAUCUCGAGCCAGACCAAGACUCGCAGGGCACGCAUGCUGGUGACUGAAGCCCUUAAUAUUUUGGACCUUUUGCGGGAUGACAUGAAUGAGCACGACAUGAAAGAAUACAAUUUCUUGCACAGUCGCGCUGACAAUGCCGUUAACUAUGGUGGAACUCACUAUUUCGACGCUGCCGAGGCGCUAUGGGACUUUGCUUUACGGACGUUCCAGGAAGUAGACCAUCGAGAAAUUAUCGCCGCUGACCGGGCACGUCGAGAGCGGAGAGCGAAUUCUCCUCCGCCAUCUCCUCCGGUUCCCAAUUCGACUACUCUAGUACAGAACGUCAAAUAUUUUCCGGCUAUUCAGUAUACCCCGGCCUGGAUUCCGAUCCAGCAUGUUUGUUGGAGUCCCGGAUAUGCUGCUAUUCCCAACCGUCUCGUCGAAGAGGAAGAUAUUCAGGAGAUUGUCGCAAACGGCCGGCCGAAAACGAAUCCGAAGAAUUCGAUCCUGCCCGAGACGAUCAAGCCACACUGCCCCACUUACUUGAAGUAA